CAGACAGCCCACCGAGGAAGAAACGAGUCCUUGAAUUAAUAGUUUUAUAAACAUGACUUCGUUAUGUCUGUCAGUGCAAUGUUGCGUCAGUCGUUUUCGAUAGGCUUCCGUUAAAUCCACGCGUCCCAAAUCCACCUCGACGCAGAUGCUUCUUCGCCCAACCCCGCAGAGUUAAUUAUUGCCUGAUAUACUCUUUAUCGGCGACAUCGGAAGUUACUUUCUCUCUUUACGGGGCGCUGCUCUGACACGUUUAGCUUAUUUUAAUAUCGGUUAAUUCACAUUCUGCACCGACCAACCUGAAGAUGAACGCCAGCGGAACCCGCAGCGGGAAGACUUUUCUGUUCACUUCGGAGUCUGUUGGAGAGGGACACUCCGAUAAAAUGUGUGACCAGAUCAGUGAUGCUGUCCUCGAUGCUUACCUGAGCCAAGACCCAGACUCUAAAGUGGCAUGUGAAUGUGUGGCAAAAACAGGCAUGAUUUUACUGGUUGGAGAGGUGACGUCUAAGGCUAUAGUGGAUCUGCAGGCGGUUGUCAGAAACACGAUCAAGUCUAUCGGCUAUGACGGCUCAUCAAAAGGUUUUGACUAUAAGACGUGCAACGUGCUGUUAGCGCUAGAGCCGCAGUGCGUGGAGAUCGCAGACUGCGUGUUUGAGGGUCGAGAUCAGGAGGACAUCGGGGCUGGAGACCAGGGUUUGAUGUUUGGCUACGCCACAGAUGAGACAGAGGAGUGUAUGCCUCUAACCAUCCUUCUGGCUCACAAACUAAACUACAGGUUGAAGGAGCUGUCCAGCACCAGAGAGUGCCCAUGGAUAAUGCCUGACUCCAAAUCACAAGUCACAGUGGAGUACAGAGAUAAUAUGGGAGCAAUGGAGCCUCUGCGUGUUCACACAGUGGUUAUUUCAGUUCAGCACAGCCCUGACAUCACCUUGCAAGAGAUCAGACACCACCUGAUGGAAAAGGUGGUGAAAGUAGUCAUUCCUGCUAAGUACUUGGACGACAAGACUAUCUACCACCUCCUCCCCAGUGGGAAAUUCCUUGAAGGUGGCCCACUGAGUGAUGCAGGACUGACAGGGCGUAAAAUCAUAGUGGACACUUAUGGAGGAUGGGGUGGACACGGAGGAGGGGCUUUCUCUGGGAAGGAUUACUCGAAAGUGGAUCGAUCUGGAGCGUACGCAGCACGCUGGGUUGCCAAGUCAUUGGUUAAAGCUGGACUGUGUAGAAGAGUCCUUGUACAGAUCUCAUAUGCCAUCGGUGUGAGCCACCCGCUGUCCAUCUCAGUGUUUCACUAUGGCACGUCGAACAGGGAUGAAGACGAGCUGCUGCAGAUAGUGCAGAAAAAUUUUGACCUGAGGCCUGGAGUCAUUGUGAAGGAGCUGGGUUUAAAGCGGCCGAUUUACCAAGCCACCGCCUGCUACGGUCACUUCGGCAGAGACGAAUUCCCCUGGGAGAAACCGAAGUCUCUGGUGUUUUGAUUCUGAUCACAUUCUAGUUCUGACACAUUCAGGAGCCAGUUUAACUGAUUAGUAAUAUGUAAUUACAACUAAACAUGUCUUUGGUCUGUCUCUUUUUAUUUCUGACCCUAAACUCUGAAGGCAGUGGUCAGUGCCAUUGAUAAAAAUGGAUUUGAUUUAAUCAAGGCACCUUUCUUGUAUAUAUAUAUAAAAAAAAAACUAUAGCUUUGUUCAAGACAUUAUGCAAUAAAUGUGAUCUUUUUAAACUGACAUUUCUUUGUAAAUCAUGUCUUUUGAUAAGAUGCAAUAAAGAGCAUUUGUUGAUUAAA